UGUUCCUCCUGCAAUAAGAUCAUUUUCAUCGAACCCUACCAACUCUCACAUGAGUAUUUUAUCAAGGAUAUGGAAUGUUUCAAUUUGCAGUUUGGAUUGUUAUUAACUUCAACUCUUUCACGGAUAGAGUCUCUGUGGUGAUCUGCGGCCGAGUUUCCAUGUGAUAGGUUGUACAAAAUGUUUGAUUGUGGUAGAUCGCAGUUUUUGGGUGGGCACAGGGACAAGUUUGUAAGGUUGGACGACUUAGAUUCAAGAAUAUCGAUGUCUUCUGAUGUAGGGGGAAUGAAAAGAUGUGGAUUCAAUAUUGAAGGGUUGACACGUGCUGGUCGUGCAUCCAACACCCCGUCAAAAUCUUUCAGGAGCGGAAUGAGAAGGGGGUCUGAAGGGCUCAAGUCAAUUGGCAAAACUCUUAAGUGUGGGGUUUCUCGAGCAGUAUUUCCUGAAGACCUUAAAGUGACAGAGAAUAAGAUAUUUGAUCCUCAAGAUAGAUUCAUCCAAUUAUGGAAUAGAUUUUUUGUCAUAUCUUGUAUUCUAGCAGUAUCCGUGGAUCCUUUAUUUUUUUAUCUUCCAGUUAUCAAUAAUCAAACAAAUUGUCUGGGUAUAGAUAAAAAAUUAGCUAUCACAACUACAACACUGCGGUCAAUCAUUGAUUGUUUCUAUAUUAUUCACAUGGCUAUUCAAUUCCGCACAGCUUAUAUUGCCCCAUCAUCUCGAGUUUUUGGGCGAGGUGAGCUUGUGAUAGAUCCUGCACAGAUAGCACAGCGUUAUUUGCGAGGAUUAUUUAUCUUAGAUUUUAUUGCCGUGCUACCCUUGCCACAGAUUGUAAUUUGGAGAUAUCUUCAGAGAUCGACUGGCACAGAUGUACUUGGUACAAAAGAGGCAUUACUUUUCAUUGUCUUGCUUCAAUAUAUCCCGAGGUUUUUCAGAAUCUUACCCCUAAUGUCAGAAUUGAAGAGGACUGCUGGAGUCUUUGCUGAAACUGCUUGGGCUGGUGCUGCCUAUUAUUUGCUGUGGUACAUGCUUGCAAGUCAUAUAGUUGGUGCUUUCUGGUACUUAUUGGCAGUAGAACGCAAUAAUGCUUGCUGGAAGAAGGCUUGUCAGGCUAACAAGCAAUGCAGUCAAGAUUAUUUGUAUUGUGGCAACUGGCAAAUGAAAGGUUAUGAUGACUGGCUUGAUAUCAGUGAAGGUGUACUUAGUACGGCAUGUAAUCCAGAAGGAGAUUUCAAUUUUGGAAUAUAUACACAGGCUUUGACAUCUGGUGUUGUUGCAUCCCGGCUAUUCCUGUCUAAAUAUUGUUACUGUUUAUGGUGGGGUCUACAAAAUUUGAGUACUCUUGGCCAGGGACUCCAAACCAGCACCUAUCCUGGCGAGGUCAUCUUUUCCAUAGCUCUUGCUAUUUUUGGGCUCAUCCUCUUUGCACUCUUGAUUGGCAAUAUGCAGACCUACCUUCAGUCUCUUGGUAUCCGACUUGAGGAAAUGAGGGUCAAAAGGCGUGAUUCAGAGCAGUGGAUGCAUCACCGUUUGCUUCCACAAGAUCUCAGGGAGCGAGUCAGGAGGUAUGAUCAGUACAAGUGGUUGGAAACUCGUGGAGUGGAUGAAGAAAGCUUGGUUCAGAACCUACCAAAGGAUCUCAGGAGGGAUAUAAAACGGCAUCUGUGUUUGGCUUUGGUGAGAAGGGUUCCUCUGUUUGACAAUAUGGAUGAACGGUUGUUGGAUGCCAUUUGUGAGCGGCUGAAGCCUAGUUUGUACACAGAAAAAACUUACAUUGUCCGGGAAGGAGAUCCAGUGGAUGAGAUGCUUUUCAUAAUACGUGGUCGCCUGGAGAGUGUGACCACCGAUGGUGGCAGAAGUGGAUUUUUCAACCGGAGUCUCCUGAAAGAAGGGGAUUUCUGUGGAGAAGAACUCCUUACCUGGGCAUUGGAUCCCAAAUCUGGUUCUAACCUCCCAUCUUCUACCCGAACAGUGAAGGCUAUAACAGAGGUGGAGGCUUUUGCCCUGAUAGCUGAGGAGUUGAAGUUUGUUGCUAGUCAGUUUAGGCGCCUGCACAGCAGACAGGUUCAGCACACAUUCCGUUUUUACUCACAGCAGUGGAGGACAUGGGCUGCCUGCUUUAUCCAAGCUGCUUGGCGCCGGUAUUCCAAGAGGAAGUUGGCAGAGCUUCGACGUCGAGAACAAGAAGACGACGACGAAGUAGAACAAGAAGGUCGUGGUUUUGGUAGGGCUGAUGAUAAUGCUUCUAGUGGUUCAUCCAGUCUUGGUGCAACCAUCCUUGCAUCCCGUUUUGCAGCGAAUGCUCUACGGGCAGUCCAGCUUCGUCGGAAUUCCAAGAGUGCUACUAUGGGGUUGGUGAAAGUACCAAAGCCUCCAGAGCCUGACUUUACUGCUGAUGAUGCAGAUUGAUUUGUCAUAUUUGAUUUUUCUUAUCUGUGAAAAUUAUGGAGCACACAGGCAUCUCGUUUGUACCUACUCUCAAAGAGAACAAUGAAUAGCCUAGAAUAGACACACAAGAUCAUCAACUUGGAAUUCAAUUUGUACGUGAAGUCCUUUAGAAACAAUUGUAUAUUUUUAUAAGCCUGGGUUUGCUAGGGUUUGUGGCUCUGCAUUAAUUGUACUGUA